AUGUCGCAAAAGCCAAAGAGCCGGGGCCGCGCCGGCGCCCAGGCCGAGCGGGGCAGCGGCGGCGAGGAGGCCCCGAGCACGUCCCGCGGGCCGGGCGGCGCCGCGUCGCAGGGCGGCCGGCGGGCCGAGGCUCCCCCCACGCCGGGACCGCGGUCGCAGAAGCAGCUGGAGCUGAAGGUGGCGGAGCUGGUGCAGUUCUUGCUGAUCAAGGACCAGAGGAAGAUCCCGAUCCGUCGCACCGACAUCCUGCGGCACGUGGUCGGGGACUACAGGGACGUGCUCCCGGAACUGCUGCAGCGGGCGGCCGAGCGCCUGGAGUACGUGUUCGGGUACCGGCUGGUGGAGCUGGAGCCCCGGAGUAACACCUACAUCCUGGUCAACACGCUGGAGCCGGUGGAGGAGGACGCGGAGAUGCGCGGCGACCAGGGCACUCCCACUACCGGGCUGCUCAUGAUCGUGUUGGGGCUCAUCUUCAUGAAGGGCAACAGCAUCAAGGAGACCGAGGUCUGGGACUUCCUGCGACGCCUCGGGGUGCACCCCACCAAGAAGCACCUCAUCUUCGGGGACCCGAAGAAGCUCAUCACCGAGGACUUCGUGCGGCAGCGGUACUUGGAGUACCGGCGCAUCCCGCACACGGACCCCGUGGACUACGAGCUCCAGUGGGGCCCGCGCACCAACCUGGAGACCAGCAAGAUGAAGGUGCUCAAGUUCGUGGCCAAAGUCCACAAUCAGGAUCCCAAGGACUGGCCGGCGCAGUACUGUGAGGCUUUGGCGGAGGAGGAGGCCAGGGCCAGACCCCAGACCGGGGGCACGGCCCCAACCCCAGCCCCUUCCUCUUGA